GUAUAAAAAAAAUGAUUGGGAGAGACCGAGUGCCGAUUUAUCAAGGGGGAGAGAAGAGAGGAGAGAGAGAACUUACAUUGGGAGGGCUGAAGCUGAAGGAUAGAGAGGGGAGGAGGAGAUGGUGCGGAAGGCAAAGGUAGAGUUUGAUGAGAGGCCGCCGGACGACUUCGAUCCAAGCAACCCGUACGGGGAUCCGGUGGCGAUGCUGGAAUACAGGGAGCACCUGGUGAGGGAGAAGUGGAUCCAAAUCGAGACGGCCAAGAUCAUCCGCGACCGCCUCCGCUGGUGCUACCGCAUCGAGGGCGUCAACCACCUUCAGAAGUGCCGCCACCUCGUCGAGCAGUAUCUCGACGCCACUCGCGGCGUCGGCUGGGGCAAAGACGCCCGCCCCCCUGAGCUCCACGGUCCCAAGAAGGAGGCUGAUUAGUUCUGAUUGUGGGCCUUGAGGUGAUGAGGUCUCUGGCUAAAUUGAAAAUGACAUGGCUAAGUUUCCAUUGCCUACUCAUUGUUAGCUGGUUUGCUUUUAUUCAAAUUAUCCGCCUGUGAGUCCCUCUGCGGAUGUUGCUUCUUGAUUUUUCAAUAAUGAAUGUUAUGGAGAAUAUAAAGUGUUCUCUUAUGUACCUUUGUUCCCUGAUGUUUAAAAAUCAGCUGUUCUAAUAUGAAGGUUGCUUACUUGCUUUAUA